AUGACCAGUGAACUUCUAUUAGACCCUCAGUUGAAGUACUGGGUACUUCUACCCAUAUCAGUUGUUAUGGUGGUAGUUGGCCUUCUUAGGUCCAAUUUAACUUACUAUUUAACUUCAUCUAAGAAGUUACCAGAAAUUAAGAUUAGCAGAGAAAGACAAUUCUUACAACGGGCUGUUAAUUUCCGAGAGAACAACCGCAUGAUUAGCAAACAUUCGUUUGAUCAACGUCAGAAAUAUUAUCUUGAGAAGCUCAAUUCCAAUGAAUUUAUAGCUGAAUCAGAAGCUAAUAAUGAACCUGCAACCAAUCCAUUGGCUGAUCCUAAAAUGAAUGAACAGAUGAUGGGAAUGCUCAAAGGUAACAUGAUGAAUUAUAUACCCCAAACCUUAGUUAUGGGUUGGAUCAAUUACUUUUUCCCAGGGUUUGUUAUUAUGAAACUUCCAUUUACACUUACUACGGGGUUUAAACAAAUGCUUCAAAGUGACGUGAUGACUCCAGAUUUGAAUGUUAGAUAUGUUUCUGCUAUUUCAUGGUAUUUCAUCAAUUUCAUGGGUCUUAAACCGGUAUAUUCCUUACUAGUAGGAUCUGAAUCUGCCGAGGAACUUAUGGCUCAACAACAUCAACAACAACAAAUGAACUUUACUGGUCCUGGGGGUCCUAAGGCUGAUAGGUUGUUCAAGGGCGAAGCAGAGAAUAUUCAAAUCUUGUCGCAUGUCGCUGUGUUUGACGACAUUAUUGAUAGAGUAUUAAAGAUUGAUAUAUGA